AUGGUAUCGAAGACAGCGAUAUUACCACGACAACAGGAUAUCUCAGACAACAGGAAAUCUAAGACACAACGUAUUCAAGACAACAAGAUACCUAAAAAAGCAAUGUAUCCAAGACAACGUAGUAUCGAUGACAACAAGGUUUUCAAGACAACAAUGUAUCUAAGAAAAGGAGUCAUCAGCUAUAUACACUACAUUAUUUCUCAGCCUACGCCUACCAAAGCCAAUCCAAUUGCCCAAGACAACGGUGUUGCCCAAGACAACGGUGUUGCCCAUGACAACGGUGUUGCCCAUGACAACGGUGUUGCCAAUGACAACGGUGUUGCCAAUGACAACGGUGUUGCCAAUGACAACGGUGUUCCCCAUGACAACG